AUGGGCAGUAAAAUGGUUGGGUUACCAAAGGACCUCGACCGGAGCAGAAAGAACCUCGCCCCAAUGUCGUCGUUGAUCCCUUUGUCUAUCCUGGGUUUCAAACCGCCCACACUACCUCCUACUACGUGCUUAGGAGACGCUCUCGCUCAACACCUCUCAGAAUUAACGACGAUCCAUAAUUUCCUCGACUGCCUUCCAUCUACCCCAGAACCUGCCAUCUUCUCGCCUGAUUCAUCCAAGACUCCGUUAACCCACGUCGACCUUCGUUCCUUCCUAUCCACAUUCACAUUACCCUCCCCCUACCAUCUAUCACACACCGACAGAGUCGCUAUCCUUCUCCCUAACGGUCCCGAAAAUGCCGUUGCCUUACUCUGCAUAGCAGCCUACCACACAUGUGCACCUAUGAAUGCCAGCUGUACAGCCGCAGAACUCAGAGAGGAUAUCGUCCGGUUGGGCGUCAAAGCGGUUCUCACGACGAGAGAGUUGGAACGGCGGUUUGGGCUGAGGUCCAUUGCUGAUGAGCUUGACUGUAGUGUGUUCUACGUUGAUGCGCGUCGGUCUGGACCUGUCGGGUUAUUCGACCUCGGGGUGUCAUCGGAGGAAGAGAAGGUUCGAGCGGGACCUUCUUCGCCAUCACUAUCACGGUCGUCGUCUUUGUCGUCGUCAUCGACUGGAUUAAACGAGCUGGACGAUACGUGUUUGGUGCUAUGCACAUCUGGCACGAGCGGGAAAAAGAAGGUCGUCCCGUACACUUUAAAGUGUCUCAUUGUCGGUAGCUGGGCUGUCGUGCAAUCUUGGGAUUUGAAACCUUCGGAUGUGAAUCGUAUGUUUGGCCUUUUUUCUUUAUUUGGCGAUCAUCAUUCAUUUUUAUCCGAGACUGACUCCCCGUUUUUUUGUAUUGCAGUUAAUAUGAUGCCACUAUUUCACGUUGGAGGUAUCGUCAGGAAUCUGUUGGCUCCUGUGUUUUCGGGUGGAUCGACCAUCGUAUGUCCUGGCUUUGAUGCUGUUGCGUUUUGGUCGAUAUCGUCCAAGCUUCGAGCUACCUGGUAUUACGCGGCACCGACAAUUCACAACGCGAUUCUAUCUUCCCAACCCAACGACAUCGUACCAUCUAGAGAUUUAAGUAUCCGGAUGAUCUGCAAUGCUGCCGGCGGCCUACUUCCAUCACUAGCUUUAGAACUCAAAGAUCGUUUUUCGGGUGCGGUUGUACUACCUUCCUAUGGAAUGACAGAAUGCAUGCCUAUAGCCUCCCCACCCACCACCUACCAACUAGACCGUACAGGAUGCUCUGGGAUCCCUUGCGGUCCCCAUAUCUCGAUUCGAGAUCCACGGGAUCUGGAACGGGAGUUACAAACAGGUGCUCAUGGUGCCGUUUCGGUUCGUGGGUUCCCGACGUUUUCUGGUUACGAAACCUCGCCGGACCCCGGUGUAGGGUUAGACACGUCAAUCUUCACAAGCGAGGGUUGGUUUGACACGGGAGAUGUUGGGUAUCUUGAUAAGGAUGGGUAUCUGUUUAUUACUGGCAGGUCAAAGGAGAUUAUUAAUAAGGGUGGUGAGGUUAUUUCGCCGUUUGAGGUUGAGGAAGCUGUUAGUAUAGCUGGGAAAGGGAUUCUAAAGGCGACGUUGGCUUUUUCGGUUGAACACGAUGUUCUUCAAGAGGCUGUUGGUUUGGUGGUCGUACAUGCGGAUAAUCAAGCUCGACUCAGUUUACGGCAGUUACACAGUCUCAUCAAGGAUUCUUUACAUCCUUCCAAGUGGCCAUUCGUACUUGUCUACAUGGAUGAUGUGCCAAAAAACAGCGCCGGAAAACCUCAACGUAUAAACCUCGCCAAGAGGCUAAGCCUCGGCUGCUUUUCUGAUAACGUACCUGCCAUUCGACGACAUUUCGAAGCUGAGAUACCGACGACACCCACAGGAAUUUCUGAAAGCAUUCCGUGCAGGCCAGUCUAUAUCGACCGUUCUGCUAUUCAUAGUAUGGUUUCCGAAAUCGAGGGAGUUUCUGAAGCAGCAAUUCGCUUUGACUCGGAUGGAAUACCCGAAGCCUUCUUAUCCAUUGACGCCAGCUCCAAAGUCGAACGUACCUCCAUCAUUUCUUCCCUAUCCACUCUCCCUGGUUACGCCCUUCCACAGAUCCGUCUAUCCCGCCGCUCUUUCCCCCGAACAUCAGAUGGAUCAAUCGAUUUUUCGUUGUUGGAGAAAGACGAGCUAUCACAGGUUAGCUCAAAUAUGUCCGACACCUCUCUUCUCGUACGCGACAUCAUUGCCGAACUGCUCAGUAUCGAACCCACAAAAAUCACACUCGAAUCCGACUUUUUCCUCCUCGGAGGGACUUCUCUCCUUUUGGGAAAACUAUCCUAUCAACUCCGGAAACGUACCGGGGUGGAUGUAGGGAUUACGUCGUUGUUUACCAAUAGUACGAUCGCUGGGAUUACUUCUCUCAUCAGUGAUGAGGGGAAGAGCACUUCGGAGGAGUUUGAUAGCCGGUCUGCAACUCUCCGCGCCUCUACGGCUUUAGAUCAUUUAGAAAAAUCCCCUCGAACGUCUCGUCAGUCGUCAGUCUUUGGAGAAUUCACAUCAUCAACCAAGAGGAGGGGGCAAAACCAUCCUUUCGUUCUAAUUGUUCAAUCGUUACCUUUCAUAUUUUUUUAUCCACUUAAAGCCGCUCUGACAUGGACGGUGUUUCUAUUCAUACUGGCAGCGUUUGCACCUAUGAUUGAUCGCGAGUUCUGGGUAAGAAUCGGCGGUUUGCUGUUUGCUAUGAUGGCUUCUCGCGUUAUAAUGCGUAUCGUGGCCCCGGUCGUGGCGAUUAUUUUCAAAUGGAUUGUCAUAGGGCGGUAUAAACCAGGAGUAUACCCGAUGUGGUCGAAUUAUUAUCUCCGGUGGUGGAUAGUCAAUCAAGCUUUGAUGACAGCCGGUCGGGGAAUUUUCAGUUUCAACUCUCACCUCGAAAUCCUCUACUACCGGCUUUUAGGCGCAAAAAUCGGUUGGGGUGUCAGUAUCGACGAGCGAGCUGAGCUAGGGGAGUUUGACCUCCUCACGUUUGGAGAUGGAUGCAAGAUUGACCAUGCACUCGUCCGAGGAUUCUCUGUUGAGCGUGACGGGCUCUUUCGUCUUGCACCUAUCGUUAUUGGCCCCAAUGCGUGUAUCAACACGAUGACCCAUAUAGCGCCUGGCUCGAUAAUUGCUGAAAAAUCAGUUUACGGUCCUCAGUCCUCUACCGUCGAAGGACCAUCACCACCCGAAUUCGCUGCGUACAAUCGCGCGGCCAUCGCAUCACCGCAUUGGGCAUUACAGGUCUUUGUCGCCUGGCCAAUCUUCGUGAUUGUUAAUUUCGUAGCUUUACUUCCAUGGUUCGUAAUGCUAUGGCUGAUGUUUGAAGAAACUUUCCGCUUCUUCGAAGGCGAAAGGACUCUCAUCUCUGUCAUGUUCUGGUUUGCGAACCCCACUCGGGUUGGGUUUCAUGUUGUAGCCAAGGCAGUCAGAUCCGUCAUUGUCCCUUUGGUUCAUUUGGUGUUGGGACUCGUCGUCAAGCGGAUCUUUGGGUUCAACACCGAGUGUCGUGGGACACCGUCUCAGAUGUUUUUACUUCGACGGUUUAUCAGCUCGAAAUUGUUGUCGCAGCAAAAGCUUAGACAAGCAUUUGCGAUUCUCGGGUCGCACUAUGAAGUUGUUUCGAUGGUCUACCGUGCUAUGGGAGCCAAGAUUGGACGUCGAGUGUACUGGCCAGGAACUGGGAUUAACUGUAUGGACCCUGAGCUAUUGGAGAUUGGAGAUGACGUCGUUUUCGGUUCUCGUUCGGAGAUCUUCACCAGCGAUGGCAUUGGUUCAGAGAAGAUUAUCAUUGGGAGAGGAGCUAUGAUUGCCGAUCGUGUCGUGCUACUACCCGGUACACGUGUGGGUGAAGGAACUGUCAUGGGUUCUGGUACGCUGGGCACUCGCAACGGGUACUACUGUGAUGGCUCGAUGUGGAUGGGAAGCAAGAAUGGCAAACCCCUUUGUCUGAAGACCGGAAAUCCCUCAGGAAAAUCAGGCAGUCACAUCAUUAGUCCCUUCGGGCGAGCAUUCUACGAAGGCAAAGCACCAUAUUACGUCUUCCCAUACCCUCUCCUCGUCUUCAUAAACAUAGUGGUUGUAUCCACUUGUGCAAUAUUUUGGUCAGCCCCAGCCAUAACUAGCGCACAAGUUAUGCGGGUCCUCUUCACAUAUGCACCUUCCCUACCGAUUUUUAUUCCCACCUGGUACCAAUUGGCGAUCGUAUAUCCUGUUAUUGCUGGGAUAUACGUCGUGGUUUUACAUCUCCAAGCGCUACUCGCUUUUGCCUGGGUCAUUCUGAUGAAGUGGGCUCUGGUAGGCCGUCGGCGUGUGGGGCAGUACGAUUGGGAUUUAGAUCCUUAUUGUCAACGAUGGAAACUUCAUCUGGUGCUCUCUCGUGUUGUCAAUAAAGCUUUCAAGGGCGGGCUGUUGACGCCUAUCUCGGGUACUGCGUUCAUCGUGUGGUAUUACAGAGCGAUGGGUGCGACUAUUGGGAGGAAUUGUUCGAUAUUUACCAGUGGUCAUCUGGGUUUGAUGACGGAACCUGAUCUCGUCGAGCUUGGGAAUGAUGUAUCACUCGAUAAUUGUUCCGUUGUGGCGCAUGUCAAUUCUAGAGGCCACUUUGCACUGAAUCAUCUCAAGAUCGGGAAUGGUUGUGCCCUGCGAAGCGGAUCGAGGUUACUUUCUGGAGCGUCCAUGGAGGACCGAAGCCUUCUAUGUGAACAUACACUCUUAACGUCGGGAGAGGUUGCUGUGGCUGGCACUGCAUAUACCGGAUGGCCUGGGCACAUCGCAUGA